AUGGCAGCUUUAAAAUUCAUUUUGGCCGUUACAAACGGCGACUUGGAGGCCGUGCAGUUGUUUUUAAACAAGCAAGAGAAUAGCGAUCUUGUAAAUUACUCUGGCGAGGAUGGAAAUACACCAUUGAUAUACGCUUGCGCAAAUGGCCGCGAAAAUAUCGUGCGUUAUUUGAUAAGCAAGGGAGCCAGCCUGAAACCUGCUCUGUCUUGUAAUCAAUAUGGUUGGUCGCCUUUAAUGGUUGCGUCCUAUUAUGGACACUUUCAAAUUGUUGUUGCACUAGUACAACAGGACUCAGUCGACGUGAAAUACGCAAACAGGCUUUGCGCGACGGCGCUACAAUGCGCCGCGAGUUGCAAUCAUAUUCAAGUUGCAGAACUCCUAAUAUCCAAAGGCGCUGAUGUAAAUAUCGCGAGUCAUGAAUCUGAGGAAGGAAUAGAUAAACGAAGCUGUAGGUCGCCAUUAAUGGCCGCUGUUCAACACGGUCAUGACGAAAUGACUCGUCUUCUAAUAUCGUGUGGCUCGGAAGUGAAUUACGCCGAUCGUGUGACUGGAUGGACGCCUCUCAUGCUUGCUGCACUAAGUGGACAUAAAACUGCAGUUUCAGUACUAUUGAAGAAAGGUGCUGAUUGUAAUAUGGUCAACAAUCUGCAUCAAACUGCUCUGGACAUCGCGAGGAAAAAGCACAGAACAGAUAUUGAAAACGAGUUGGAACCUCUUACUAGAAGACGCACGACUGGUCCAG